UUGUGUGUAGAUGUUGUACAGACCCAUAAAUAACGGACUGUCUUUCUUUUCAAGUGCAACACUGCAACAUCAGGUGCAUGAACGGUGGGACGUGCAGUGAUGACCAUUGUCUAUGUCAAAAGGGAUACACCGGGACACAUUGUGGACAACCUGUCUGUGAAAAUGGAUGUCAUAAUGGAGGAAGGUGUGUGGCACCGAACAGAUGUGCUUGCACGUAUGGUUUCACGGGACCUCAGUGUGAACGAGAUUAUAGGACAGGCCCAUGCUUCACCUUGGUGACCAACCAGAUGUGCCAGGGGCAGCUCAGCGGGAUCGUGUGCACCAAAACCCUCUGCUGCGCAACGGUGGGCCGAGCGUGGGGUCACCCCUGUGAAAUGUGCCCACCCCAGCCUAGUCCUUGCCGGAGGGGAUUCAUCCCGAACAUCCGUUCAGGAGCUUGCCAAGAUGUGGACGAAUGCCAAGCUAUCCCUGGGAUUUGUCAAGGAGGAAAUUGCAUUAAUACAGUUGGAUCUUUUGAGUGCAAAUGCCCAGCUGGACACAAGUUUAAUGAAGUGACACAGAAAUGUGAUGAUAUCGAUGAAUGCAGCACCAUUCCUGGCAUCUGCGAAGGGGGCGAAUGUUCGAACACUAUCAGCAGUUACUUUUGCAAAUGUCCCUCUGGCUAUGCCACAACCUCAGAUGGCACCGGCUGCAUUGAUGUACGCCCGGGAUAUUGCUUUACUUCUCUCAUCAACGGCCGUUGCAACAAUCAACUCCAGCAAGUGCUCACCAAAACCCAGUGCUGUUGUGACUCGGGACGAUGCUGGUCUCCGGGAGCUACCACUGCCCCAGAAAUGUGCCCCAUUGGUGCUACUGAGGAGUUCCGCAAGUUAUGUAUAUAUGGCAGCUUGCCAGCAGUGAGGCCGGACAGACCCACCAUCCCAAGACCACCCGUGUUUCCACCUGAUAUCUAUCCACCAAUAUUUCCACCAGAUAGGAUUCCGCCUUCUCAGAGACCCCCACCUAUCGCCUCAGUUAAUUUCACUCAAGCCAACUUAUGCCAGUUAUAUCAAAACCUUUGCAUUAAUGGACGCUGCAUCCCAACUCCUGGAAGUUACCGCUGUGAAUGCAAGAAAGGGUUUGAAUUGGACCUUAGAGGCGAAUGCAUAGAUGUGGAUGAAUGCGAAAGGAAUCCAUGCGUUGGUGGCGACUGUGUGAACACACAAGGUUCCUAUAUAUGCAAAUGUCAUGCUGGAUAUCAGAGUACCCUGAUGAGGACAGAAUGCCGAGAUAUCGACGAAUGUUUGCAGAACGGCCGGAUAUGUAACAACGGACGAUGCAUUAACACCGAUGGCAGCUUCCACUGUGUUUGCAAUGCCGGCUUUCAUGUGUCAGCGGAUGGAAGGAACUGUGAAGAUAUGGAUGAAUGCAGCAUACGAAACAUGUGUCUUAAUGGGAUGUGCAUCAACGAAGAUGGGAGUUUUAAGUGUAUUUGCAAACCUGGUUUCCAGUUAGCCCCAGAUGGACGUUACUGCAGAGAUAUUGAUGAAUGUGAGACACCAGGAAUAUGCAUGAACGGACGCUGCGUCAACACCGACGGUUCUUUCAAAUGCGAAUGCUUUCCUGGCCUCGCGGUUGGGCUGGAUGGACGUGUGUGUGUCGAUACGCACAUGCGAAGCACAUGCUAUGGGGAAUACAGAAGAGGCCAGUGUGUGAAACCCUUAUCUGGUGCCGUCACAAAAUCCGAAUGCUGCUGCGCGAGCACAGAUUACGCCUUUGGAGAGCCUUGCCAACCGUGUCCCGCGCAAAACUCAGAGGAAUAUCACGGUCUUUGUAGCAGCGGACCAGGGAUCACAGCAUCAGGAAAUGAUAUCAACGAAUGUGCAUUGGAUCCUGACAUAUGUCCCAAUGGAAUCUGCGAAAACCUGCGUGGAACAUAUAAAUGCAUAUGUAACUUUGGAUAUGAGGUGGAUUCAACUGGGAAAGUCUGUCUAGACAUCGAUGAGUGUGCCGUGAAUAGGUUGCUUUGUGACAACGGGCAAUGCAGGAACACCCCUGGAAGUUUCACCUGUACCUGCCCCAAGGGAUUUGUGUACAAACCGGAUCUACAAACAUGUGAAGAUAUCAACGAAUGCGAAUCCAGCCCUUGCAUCAACGGAGUGUGUAAAAAUACCCUGGGCUCUUUCGUCUGCGAAUGUUCUCCCGAAAGUACUUUGGAUACCUCAAAAACCGUCUGCAUUGAGACAGUCAAAGGCACCUGUUGGCAGACCAUUGUGAAUGGGAGAUGUGAAAUAAAUAUCAACGGGGCCACGUUGAAAUCUCAGUGCUGUUCCUCGCUGGGUGCUGCUUGGGGUAGUCCCUGUGUCCCGUGUGAAAAAGAUCCAAUAUGUUCAAAAGGAUAUUCAAGGAUAAGAGGAAACCAGUGUGAAGAUGUCAAUGAGUGUGUAGUGUUUCCUGGGGUUUGCAUCAAUGGCCAAUGUGUCAACACUUUGGGAUCCUUCGUAUGUCAGUGUCCCAGUGGAAUGACCUUGGAUGCAACUGGACGGAGAUGCAUUGAUAUUCGCUUGGAGUCCUGCUAUUUGAAACACGAUGAUGAAGACUGCACCUUACCCAUCGGAGGGCGACACCGGCUGGAUGCUUGCUGCUGCUCUGUUGGGGCUGCCUGGGGACCUGACUGCGACGAAUGUCCCACAAGGGCCACCCCUGAAUACGAAGCUCUUUGCCCAAGAGGACCAGGAUUUUCCACCAGGGGAGAGAUCAUUAACGGGAAACCUUUCUAUAAAGAUAUCAACGAAUGCAAAAUGAUUCCAAGAUUGUGCACCUAUGGAAAAUGCAGAAACACCAUUGGCAGCUUCCGGUGUAAAUGCGACAGUGGAUUUGCACUUGAUUCCGAUGAGAGGAACUGUACAGAUAUUGAUGAAUGUCGCAUUUCUCCUGAUCUCUGCGGCCAAGGAAUUUGUGUCAAUACACCAGGGGACUUCCACUGUGAAUGCUUUGAGGGCUACGAAAGUGGAUUUAUGAUGAUGAAAAACUGCAUGGAUAUUGAUGAAUGCGAACGAAACCCCUUGUUGUGCAGAGGGGGCGUUUGCAUCAAUACUGAAGGAAGCUACAAGUGUGAAUGUCCUCCUGGCCAUCAAUUGGCUGCCAACAUCUCUGCCUGCAUAGACAUCAACGAAUGUGACCUGAGUCUAAAUCUGUGCAGAAACGGACGUUGUGUCAACCUGAUAGGAAAAUAUCAAUGUGCUUGUAACCCUGGAUAUCAGUCUACACCUGACAGACUCUUUUGUGUUGAUAUUGAUGAAUGCAGCAUAAUGAAUGGAGGUUGUGAUACGUACUGUACAAAUUCGGAUGGCAGCUAUGAAUGUAGCUGUCGACCCGGUUUUGCGCUAAUGCCAGAUCACAGAACUUGCACUGAUAUUGAUGAGUGUGAAAACAACCCGAACAUCUGUGAUGGUGGUCAAUGCACUAACAUCCCUGGAGAAUACAGAUGUCUUUGCUAUGAUGGCUUCAUGACAUCAGAAGACAUGAAGACUUGCCUAGAUGUUAACGAAUGUGAUCUGAAUCCAAACAUCUGCCUGAGCGGAAGUUGUGAGAACACAAAAGGCUCUUUCAUCUGCCACUGUGAAAUCGGUUAUUCUGGAAAAAAAGGGACCACGGGUUGCACAGAUAUAAAUGAGUGUGAAAUCGGUGCUGACAACUGUGACCGGAACGCUAUUUGCACAAACACAGCUGGUAGCUUUAAAUGUGGCUGCAAACCAGGCUGGCUAGGAGAUGGGAUCAAGUGUGUCGAUCUGGAUGAGUGUGCCAAUGGCACACACCAGUGCAGUCCACAUGCUGAUUGCAAGAACACGGCGGGAUCAUAUCGUUGCAUAUGUAAAGAAGGAUAUACCGGGACUGGGCUCAUCUGUACAGAUAUCGACGAAUGUUCUGAAAAUGUCAACCUCUGUGAAAAUGGUCAGUGCCUGAACGCUCCCGGGGGCUACCGUUGUGAGUGUGAUAUGGGAUUUUUGCCAAGCAUCGAUGGAAAAGCUUGUGAAGAUAUUGAUGAGUGCUCCCUUUCCAACAUCUGCGUUUUUGGAACUUGUCACAAUCUUCCUGGCCUCUUCCGAUGUCAGUGUGAGACAGGAUAUGAGUUGGACAGAAGUGGCGGGAACUGCACAGAUAUCAAUGAAUGUGCAGAUCCUACAACAUGUAUCAGUGGCACUUGCCUCAACAUCCCGGGCAGUUACACUUGUGAAUGUCCCCCAGAUUUUGAGCUGAACCCGACUCGUGUUGGCUGUGUUGAUACACGCUCUGGCUACUGUUAUUUGGAAAUUAAACCUCGAGGAGAUAAUGGUGAUACAGCUUGCAGUAAUGAAAUUGGCAUUGGUGUUUCCAAGGCUUCUUGCUGUUGUUCCCUUGGCAAAGCUUGGGGGAUUCCUUGUGAACAGUGUCCGGCUGUGAAUACAACUGAUUACAAGCUGUUGUGUCCAGGAGGAGAAGGAUUUCGACCCAAUCCUAUUACAGUCAUUUUGGAAGAUAUUGAUGAGUGUCAAGAACUGCCUGGACUUUGUCAAGGAGGACAGUGCAUCAAUUCAUUUGGUAGCUUUCAGUGCCAAUGCCCAUCCGGGUACUAUUUGAAUGAAGAGACACGAGUAUGUGAUGAUGUUAAUGAAUGUGCCAUAGCUGGUAUCUGUGGCCCUGGGACCUGCUACAACACCAUUGGAAAUUUCACUUGUAUUUGUCCUCCGGAUUAUCUGCAAGUCAACGGUGGAAAUAAUUGUAUGGAUAUGAGGAGAAGCCUCUGCUACAGGAACUACAAUGCUGACAAUCAAACUUGCGAUGGAGAGCUGCUUUUUAACAUGACCAAAAAAAUGUGCUGCUGUUCUUACAAUAUUGGACGAGCCUGGAACAGACCUUGCGAACAAUGUCCCAUCCCAAGCACUGAUGAGUUUUCAACCCUCUGUGGAGGUCAAAGGCCUGGUUUCUUUAUCGACAUCAUUACAGGAUUGCCCGUUGAUAUCGAUGAAUGUCGUGAGAUCCCAGGGAUAUGUGAGAAUGGGAUUUGCAUAAACCUGGUUGGCAGUUUCCGGUGCGAAUGUUCGGGCGGCUUCUUUUACAAUGACAAGUUACUGAUCUGUGAAGAUAUUGAUGAAUGCCAGAAUGGACCAGUUUGUCAACAAAAUGCGGAUUGCGUGAAUACACCAGGAAGCUUCCGCUGCGAUUGUAAACCUGGUUAUCGAUUUACACCUGUUGGUCGAUGUGUUGAUCGCAAUGAGUGUCUAGAGAUACCCAAUAUUUGUAGCCAUGGCGAUUGCUUAGACCGUGAAGGAGGUUAUACAUGUCGUUGCCACACGGGAUUCAAAACCAAUGAAGAUGAAACGAUGUGUUUGGAUAUUAAUGAGUGUGAACGAGAGCCCUGUGGAAAUGGCACCUGUAGAAAUACAAUUGGCUCUUUCAACUGCCGUUGUCACGUCGGAUUCAUCCUAUCUCACAAUAAUGACUGUAUAGAUGUUGAUGAAUGUGCCACUGGAAAUGGACAUCUGUGCAGAAAUGGCCAAUGUAUUAACACUGUUGGGUCUUUCGAAUGCCUUUGCAACGAGGGUUAUGAGAUGUCACCCGACAGAAGGAUUUGCAUUGAUAUCAAUGAGUGUGCAUUAGAUCCUGGAAAAUGUGCUCCUGGUACAUGUCAGAAUCUGGAUGGGUCUUAUAGGUGUAUCUGUCCCCCUGGAUAUGCCUUGGAAGAGGACAAGUGUGUUGAUAUUGAUGAGUGUAAAGAAGAAGCAGAUAUUUGUGCCUUGGGCACAUGUAGUAAUACCGAAGGUAGCUUUGCUUGCUUAUGUCCUGAAGGUUUCAUAGUGUCCACUACUGGACGAAGAUGCCAAGAUUUGAGGGUCAGUUAUUGUUUCACUAAAUUUGAAGAUGGAAAAUGUUCAGUCCCCAAGUCCCGAAAUCAUUCUAAGCAAGAAUGCUGUUGCAACAUGCAAGGAGAAGGAUGGGGCGAUCCCUGCGAACUUUGCCCAGAGGAAAAAGACGAAGCUUAUAAGCAAAUCUGCCCAUUUGGAGUUGGUAUUCUGGUUGGCAUAGGGGGUGAGCCCAUUGAUGCGGACGAGUGUCAAGAUCCAGACAACUGUAAGAAUGGACAGUGUAUCAACACCGAUGGCUCCUUCCGUUGUGAAUGUCCUUUUGGCUACUUGCUUCAAGGGACUGAAUGUGUCGACACUGAUGAAUGUGCUGUUGGAGCUCCGUGUGGAAAUGGAACGUGUAAGAACAUCAUUGGAAGUUUUGAGUGCACUUGCGAAGAAGGUUUUGAGCCAGGCCCCAUGGUGACAUGUGAAGAUAUGAACGAAUGUGCCCUGAAUCCUCUUCUCUGUGCCUUCCGAUGUGUGAACACCUACGGCUCGUAUGAGUGCAAAUGUCCCGCAGGUUAUGUGCUCAGAGAAGACAAGCGAAUGUGCAAAGAUCAGAAUGAAUGCGAGGAAGGAAUUCAUGACUGCGACUCAAAGCAAAUGAUGUGUAAAAACCUGAUCGGUACAUACAUGUGCAUAUGUGGGCCAGGAUUUCAGCGUAGACCGGACGGUGAAGGUUGCAUAGACGAAAAUGAGUGCCAGGUCAAACCUGGGUUGUGUGAAAACGGGCGGUGUAUAAAUACCGUCGGAAGCUACCGAUGCGAAUGUGAAGACGGUUUCCUUGUCAACGAAGCCCAGAAUGAAUGUCUAGACGUCAGGGAAGGCUACUGCUUCACCGAAAUCUUACAUAGCAUGUGCCAGAUCGGAUCGAGCAACAGGAAUCCGGUGACCAAAUCGGAGUGCUGCUGCGACGGCGGGCGAGGAUGGGGACCCAAUUGCGAGAUCUGCCCAUUCCUGGGCACCAUUGCCUUUAAGAAGCUUUGUCCAUAUGGCCGUGGACUGACCACUACUGGAGAAGAUAUUGAUGAGUGCAAGGUGAUUCACGAUGUUUGUCGGAAUGGAGAGUGCGUCAACGAGAGAGGAACGUACCACUGUACCUGCAAGGAAGGCUACACCACCGAUAUAACGGGCACACUUUGUAUAGAUCUGAACGAGUGCAACCUGUCUCCAAAGCCUUGCAAUUUUAUUUGCAAAAAUACGGAGGGGAGCUAUCAAUGCUCGUGUCCGAAAGGAUACAUCUUGCAGGAAGACGGCAGAAGCUGCAAAGAUCUUGAUGAAUGUGCAACCAAGCAACACAACUGCCAGUUUCUUUGUGUCAACACUAUUGGAGGCUUUACUUGUAAAUGUCCGCCUGGUUUUACUCAACAUCAUUCAGCAUGUAUUGAUAACAAUGAAUGUGCCACUGAAAUCAAUCUUUGCGGAUCAAAGGGAAUUUGUCAAAAUACUCCUGGAAGCUUUACGUGUGAAUGUCAGCGGGGCUUCGCCCUGGACCAAACUGGUGCCGCCUGCGAAGAUGUCGACGAGUGUGAUGGAAACCACCGAUGCCAACACGGUUGCCAGAAUAUAAUUGGAGGAUACAGGUGUAGCUGCCCACAAGGGUACCUCCAACAUUAUCAGUGGAACCAAUGUGUCGAUGAAAACGAAUGCCUCAGUUCUCACAUCUGCGGUGGAGCGUCUUGCCACAACACGCUGGGGAGUUACAAAUGCAUGUGCCCCACUGGAUAUAAUUUUGAACAAUUCAGCGGGCAAUGCCAAGAUGUGAACGAGUGUGGGUCCUCUCAAGCCCCAUGCAGCUACGGUUGCUCCAAUACGGAAGGUGGUUAUGUCUGCGGCUGCCCACCAGGGUAUUUCCGAAUAGGACAAGGGCACUGCGUGGCUGGAAUGGGGCUUGGGAAAGGUCAGAACCCUGAAUUACCACUUAGCGGUGAAGCCGAUGAUAACAUUCUUUCUCCAGAAGCCUGCUAUGAUUGCAAAAUCAAUGGCUAUCCGAAAAGGGGAAGGAAACGGCGAGGCCUAAAUGAAACCAAUGCCCUGGAUACAGAAGUUCACCUGGGGACUGAUGCACCUGUCAACCUGGCCAGCUGGGACCUUGAAAAACCAGCCAUCUUAUCUUACAACAUCUCUGGCCUUAACAACAAGGAUCACCUUUUGGAACUGAUCCCCGCUCUCACCACCCUGACCAACCACAACCGAUAUUUAAUAGACCACGGGAACGAAAACGGGUUCUUCCGGAUCAAUCAGAAAGAAGGGGUCAGCUUCCUUCACUUAGCUAAAAAGAAACCAGCCCCCGGAAUAUACUCAUUACAUAUCAGCAGCAUCCCGCUGUACAAAAGGAAGGAACUCCUUCAAUUGGAAGACAAGCACGACCAAGACUACCUCAGCGGGGAGCUAGGAGAUAGCCUGAGAAUGAGAAUUGAAAUUGUGCUUCAUUAAUUCACCAACCAGAGACCAAAAAUUAGGAAAGCCAAAGAUAGCUGGGGUGAGACUUGAAUGUUUUAUUCCUCGGUUAAGUUUCUCCAUAUCGCAGGAACAAGCUGUCAUGUAUUUCCCUUGGACACGUGGGCACUUAUCCCAGUUUGACGUAAGUAAAGGUACAGGAAGGAAACGGUAGCUCACAACCAUCACUUCUUCUCAGGCUUCUUGUAAGUGUAGCUACUUUUCCAGAUACUGAAUCUUGAAUUUCGGGACUGCUGUUGGAAGCUGGUCGCAGGUGCCAAGCCAAUGGCUGAUCAGCACAGGUGCCAAGAGUUGCAAGACCACAAGUCCGUCAAUAGAUUCUUCUUCUUUUUCUUUUCUUUUCUUUUUUUAAAAUAUCUUAAAAUCUACUUCUCCAGCUACAUCUUACUAGGUCAGCCAUUUCUGUAAUCGAUUUGGUGCUAGAAACGAUGUCCAACCUAGAUUUAAAAAAUGCACUGUAAUAUAUACACAAUUUAGAAGCCAAAGAAAUUGCCAUUACUCAGUUCAUCGAUCAACCCCCCAAUUUAGCUCAGUAGUUUAUCUCAGUUUAUAUCUAUAAUACAGUACAUGUAAAUUAAGGUGUGUGUGUAUACUGUAACCAUGCUAUUCUUAUCCAUGAAGCAUUUGUAAACUAGAUUAAUAAUACCCUUCCCGCAAGGGUUUAUAAUGGUGCUUAUAAGACCAACUACUUAACUGUAUACACAAACUUGGUGAUGAUGAAAUUUCUGUGACAAUCCAAAAUGCACUGAGGUCAUCGAGGAGGACCAUUCACAAUUAAUCGGGAGUCACAUGACACAGUGCUAUUCCAGUGAUGUCGUGACAUAAUGUAACACGUGUCCAAUAAUAACUAUCAUGACUCGUGCCGACAACGGUUCACUGUCAAAAAGUCACAAUAAAACCAUUCUUCUUUUUUUUUUUUAGUUCAUUCCGUGGAUUUCAUAUUCUUGCUAAACUUGCACCAGUACAGGCAAAGUAUUUUUUUAUACAGGUAUGUUCAGAAAAAAAUAAUAAUUAUAUCUAUAUUGGGAGAAGACUGGGACAUUACGAUCUAUAGCCUACAUUUGACUCCUGUGCAUUUCUCUGUAGUCACGAUCUCCUACUUUUUACAAAUCUUGAAUAGUCACUUUUAUACUUACAUUGAAAAAUAAUUAUUAAUAAAAGAGCUACAAAACCCA